AUGGGAAGGUCACCAUGUUGCGAUCAAGACAAAGGCGUGAAGAAAGGACCGUGGAUGCCCGAAGAAGAUGAUAAGCUCACGGCUUAUAUAAAUAAGAACGGUAAUGGAAAUUGGCGGUCGCUUCCUAAGCUCGCUGGACUUAACCGCUGCGGCAAGAGCUGUCGGCUCCGGUGGAUGAAUUAUCUCCGUCCUGAUAUCCGGCGAGGCCAGUUCUCCGAUGAAGAAGAGAGUACUAUCGUUAGACUACAUGCCCUUCUUGGCAACAAAUGGUCCAAGAUUGCGAGUCAUCUUCCAGGAAGAACUGAUAACGAAAUAAAAAACUAUUGGAACACUCAUAUGAGGAAGAAGUUGUUGCAAAUGGGGAUUGAUCCAACCACGCACGAGCCAAGAACCAACGAUCUCAAUCCUAUCCUCGACGUUACUCAAAUGCUCGAGGCAGCAAUUAGCAAUGGCCAGUUUGGUAACAGUAACCUCUUCAACAACAACACUGCUUUGGAAGAUCUUCUCAAACUCCAAUUGAUCCAUAAAAUGCUUCAAAUCAUAACCCCCAAAGCCAUUCCAAAUAUCAGUAACUCUAAUACCAAUCCAUUGAAUCCUAAACCAGAACCGGUAGCCAGUAGCUUCAAUACCAAUUUAGUGAAUCUUAAACCAGAACCGGUAGUCAGUAGCUUCAAUACCAAUUUAGUGAAUCCUAAACCGGACCCGGUGGCUGGACAAUUGAAUGCUAUUGAUCCGCACGUUUUCAUAAACCAAAGUACAAAUGAGGAUUUCAUGCCAUCGUUUGAAGAUAAUUGGGAUGGUUUUAAAGAUAACCAGCUUCCUGGUUUGGUUACGGUUUCUCAGGAGGAUAUGAAAUCAUCAAAACAUGGUUAUCAUAGUGAUCAAAUUCCAACUUCUGGUUCGGUAUCGGUUACUCCUGAGACAUCCGAUUUGAACCAUCCCGGUACGACUCAACACUCCUCCGGUUCAGAUGUCCUAGGGGACUGGGAGAAGUUCCUUGAUGAUGAAACAAGUGAUUCUUGCUGGAAAAGUUUCUUAGACUUAACGUCGCCCACAUCGUCACCCGGCCCGUGUAGUGUAAAGAAACACAUUAUAGAGACAUAUAAUAUUUAUAAAAGAAAGAAAAUGAGGGAAGAAGAGAAAAACCCUAACUCGAUCUACAUAGUUGAUGAUCUACUGCAAGAAAUUUUCCUUCGACUGCCUUUGAAGUCCAUCCUCAAAUCCAAAACCCUCUCAAAACGAUGGAGAUCAAUUCUGGAAUCGAAGAAGUUCGUGGACAGACGUAUGAGUCUUCAAAAGAGCCAGAAAAUCCUGGCUGCUUACAACUGCGACUGUGGCGGCCCGCCAAGGCUCCUCCCCGAGUCGCAGCUCAAUGGAGACGAAGAGAUAGUCUAUCUACACUGCGACACCAAAAGACCCUCGAUGACUUGCGACGGUUUGGUCUGCAUCCCCGAACAAGAUUGGAUCAACGUUUUGAACCCUUGGACAAGACAACUCAGGCGAUUCGGUUAUGGAAUCCAACCAUGGUCGUGCGCUUUCCCUCUGGAAAAUCGGACAAUGGGAUUCGGUAGGGACAAAGUUACAGGGAGCUAUAAAGUAGUGAAGAUGGAAAUAGGGCUACGUGGACAUCCUGUGGUGGAGUGUAGUGUUCUUGAUGUUGAAACUGGUGAAUGGUGGUUGUUGAGUACUCCACCUCCUUACAAGGUCAAUGCGGGAAGAAAAUCAGUGAGUGUGAAUGGAUCGAUCUACUGGCUACAAAACUUUGGGACUGGUUACAAAAUACUAGCCUUGGAUCUUCACAAAGAAGAGUUCCAUUAUGUCACGGUUCCGGAGACGAGUGUCACGCAAGAAACCGAGAUAUCGAAUCUUGAGAACCGCCUGACCGUAGCCAUUACUUAUACUAGCCCACAAUGGAAACUAGAGAUAUGGAGUAUGGAUAUAGUAGAAGAAGAAAGAUGGAGCAAGACUUACUCCAUACAUUUAGCCGGUAAAGGUGUUCCUAGGGAAAAUCAGAGAAGGUGGUUCACGCCGGUUAUGGUUUCUAAGCAAGAGGGUCUUGUUUUCUUUGACAAUCACAAGAGGCUUUUCAAGCAUUACCCAAGGACAGAUAAGAUUCGUUGUCUCUCCUCGGACACUUGUGUUAUAUCUCCUUUCUUGGAAAAUUUGGCUCCACUUCGUUUGUCAUCAACCCUUUUGUUUCCUCAUCCGCGCACAACAUCCAAAUGCCGCUUGCUUUCUAAAGGUAAUGAAUUUAAGAUCAUAGAUCUUCUCUUAACCACUCUAGUAGUAGUUGGUUCUAUUUGGUUUUAA